AGAUGACUUUGAUCAAGUAUUGAGGUCUACCGAUACAGAAGAAGCUCGAGCUAUAGUGAAAAGAUGUGACAGGGAGACGACCAUAUUGCUGGCCAUUUACGCCAUCGUGACUAUCAUUACCAUGGUGGGUUUUGCGGCCGCGGCGGAUAAAGGCAUGUUGCCUAUUCGGGCUUGGUUUCCAUACGACGUUACGAAGCACCCGAACUAUGAAAUCACUUACACCUACCAGAUAUUAGCACUUUCCGUGGAUGCCUUUCUGAAUGUGAGCACUGAUACCCUGGUCAGCAGCCUGAUGGCGCAGGUCCGCUGCAGGUUUCAACUGCUAGGACUGUCACUUAGGAACUUGUGCCAGGGGAUAAGGAUCAAUGAGCCCCUCCUGGCUUCAGAUCAAGUGGUCAUAGUCAAGGAUCGUCUCCGUUUGUGCGUGGAGCAGCACUGCGCUACCCUGGAGGCAGCACAGAAGCUGCAAGACUACUUCUCCUUCCCGACCUUCAUGCAGUUGAGCGUGUCACUACUGAUCAUAUGCGUUACAGCUUACCAAAUGAACGCGGUGAUUGGCAAACCAAUGGCUUUUAUUGGCGUGGCGGCUUACCUGUUAGACAUGAUGCUGCAAGUGUUCCUGUACUGCUACCAGGGGAGUAUGCUUUCUGAGGAGAGUAUUGCCAUAGCUGACGCGGCGUACGAGUGCCCCUGGUACGUUAUGCCCGUGCCGCUGCGUCGCUCGCUGCUCAUCAUGAUGACCAGGACCAGGCGCGUCGCCAAGUUCACAGCUGAAGGGCUCACUACGCUGUCGCUCUCCUGUUUCAUGGGAGUAAUCAAGACAUCAUACUCCAUGUUCAGUAUACUGCAGGGAAUGGAGUGAUGCUUAAAAGGAUCUCGGUGAAAAUGACGUGAUUUCGUUAUUGUACAUUAAUGGUCCAAUAAAUAAUCGAUUUGAAUAAUUAUAAUGCGUUACUUUUUGAUUGCUA